AUGCUGAAAGUUGCCGAGUCAUCGGGAAAUGAAGUGGUUGAGGAGUUGCUGAAGUUGCCAAGAAUUGUCGAUCAGAACAAGAUCAUUCGGAAAGAUCAAGAUGUCAAAAAAAGAACGUCUGAGCGAACGUUUGAUUGCGAGAAGUGCGGUGGACCGAAGAGUCGUUUAACCACUGAAGUUGAUGGAGUGUUCAAUUGUUUGUCUGGACAAGAAAAGGAUAACAAAUUUGUCAACUACAAGAAGCGUGUGCUUUUAAACCGAACCGAGGAGUGUUGUAAAGACGAGGUGACAAGGAGAGACACAAGAACUGUUGAGGAAUCAAUGAGGAUGGAUAGUCCAAGAGAGCUUGAUCAUGACCUCUACGACAAGGUCUCUUACUUGAAUUUGAUGGACGAUUAUCGAAAAGAAGAUACAAGAAAGAGAAAUGAUCGAAUGGAUUCGUUGAGAAGAGUUCGAGAUGAAGUU